AUGGUACAAGAUGUCCCGCGUGUACACUUUGCACACGACCAGCAUCCUGACGACUCACUUCCUUCUAUCUCUGCGAUUGUGGCGUCCAUGCUUAACGUCGGACACGGUCCAACAGAAGACGUCAGUGAGCAAUUGCAAACCCAACUUCAAGGUACUGCAAUUGCAGACUCGAGCCUAGGGAGCUCAACCCAGGAUUUUUGCUUAGCGGGGGAGCGAGAAAGUUCUGAUUCAUCAGCCUUAAACUCUCCGAGAGGUGUGAUUUUCGUCUCAAGAGCCCUCGGUGGCCCGGGGAUCGCCACUGACUCUGAUGAGUUGGUGUCUCCGGCAAUACAACAACAUAAUGAUGGCGUAAACUCGGUAUUGCCUACAUCUGUACGAAGACCUGGUGUCGUCUCGCUGGCCUCCGAGCGUCGGUCAGUGCAGUCCGCAUCUGUGUUGCCUCCAAGGGAUGAAGCACUUCAAGAGGAGAAUGUAGAACCUCCUUUUCAACCCUGUCUUGCAUCCACGACCAUCCCCGUCCAGCAUUCUCAAUCACAGAAUUGCAUUAUCGUGUCGUCAAACCAGCGCAGCCAGAUUCAUAGCGUCAAUGUUGACCACGGCCACAUUAGUGGCAUGGUUUCGCGGAGCGACGACGAAUUGCAUAGUGUGGCUCGACCCGCCUCGGUCCAAACAACACCGUCGGGAUGCAGCCGCCCAGUCUCGCGUCGAGGAGGUUUGAUGGAGGGUGUUCAGAAACACCAAACAGCAGAUAAUACUCUGCCCAUGGAUUCUCGCCUUAGCUCUUCGCCAACUGGUCAAGGAUGGGAUGAGGAGUGCCAGGCAAGCAUCAGUGCCAACCACACAGUGAGCCAGCCCCAAGAAAUGGAAAAGCGGUCGUCUAGUCGUCGUGGCUUCAGAAAAGCUUACAACCUUCGCCGUCUCCCGGUCAAACGACAACUCACCGCGGAACGAAAGGACGGCGGGUCUAACGAAAAGCUUGUGCCACAGCGCAAACGUCGCAAGCUUAUCUGCCCUCGGCCUAAGAAGCUUGGCUCACAGCAAGGCUCGGGUCCAAGGCGAAACCGAAAAGCACGCUUCUUGAGGAAGAAUACCUUUCCCGGACCCUGCUCCAUCUCAGAUGGACGUUGA